AUGGCAGGGGAGAGCAAUUUUGAGGGCUUCCAGGCGCUGCAAAACUCUGAGAAGCCAGCUGUGCUCGUUUUGGGUGGAACAAAGUUUAUGGGCAAGGCGUUUGUUGGAGAAGUGCUGGACAAAGCCCGUGUUUGUGUGGUCAACCGUGGGAAGACGUACUGGGCAGCGGAUCCUUUUGCAGAUCGUGUGGCACGUGUUCGUGCUGAUCGUGACGAGAGUGCCACCUUUGCAAGCAGCGUGCGGGAGGCGACGCGGCGUUUAGGCAGUGACUGGGAUUGCGUGGUCGAUUUCUCCGGCUUCACAGGUGAGGACGUCAAAGCCUCGCUGACCGGACUGGCUGGUGCCUUUAAGAUGUACAUUUACAUCUCUUCAGAUUCCAUCUAUGAGGUGAGUGCUUGGGCGUACGACAAAUGGAAGCCAAGGCGUUCUAGCUCUGGCGGCUAUGAGACAUCCGUAUCCGAGCACCUUGCUAACCGUCCUGAGGAUAAGGAGCAGCAGGAUGUCUUGAACAAUGCUGACAGCUAUGGACACGAAAAACUCCAGGGUGAAGAACGCUUGUUACAGGAUCUACCACCGGGACGACGAGGCCUGAUCCUGCGGCUGCCGGAUGUGAUUGGCCCCUUCGAUUCAACGCACCGCUUGUGGGCAUACUGGCACUGGCUGCGAGUGGGUGAAAUGGGAGCUCCCCCGCCGCAAGUCCAGAGCUACAAGCGGAAGAGGAAAAUGUUCGAUGCAGAUGGUUUGGAAGUUCCACAGGCCUCUGGUGAUUGCCAACUGGCAGUGGUCUACAGCUUGGACGUGGCCAAGUUUCUGGCCAGACUGGUCAUGCAGCCACCCGCAGCACUCGAGAGCCGCGCAGAUGUUAUUAACUUAUGUUGUGACGAGCAAUUGCAGCUCAGUGCGUUCCUUGAGCGCUUCUUCGUGGUGGCUGGGGGUGAUCGCAAACGCCCACGCAUGGCCCCAGAGCAAAACCCGAAACUGUACCUUCCAAGUGUUGAUCGACCCUGGCCGCUGAAUUGCACCCGGGCGAAGGAGGUCUAUGGGUUUCAGCCCGCUCCCUUGGAUGAGGUGCUCCGGUGCUGCGUCGAUUUCUUUGAGGAGGGUUGUGCUAAGUUUCCAGAAGAGGCCAAGAAGGCAGCCCAGAAGCUUCCAUCUGAACCGGCCGCAUAUGCGCUGAAGCUGCUCGAAGCGCAGCAGUGCUCCCGAGAGCGCCCGAUGGGGUGA